AUGGCACCACCCCCUGUGAACCCCACGGUUCGUCUUAAGGUAAGCUUGAAAACUGCCAUUAGCAAAUUAAAGUUUGUGCAAGACAAGAAAACGGCCUUGGCCAAACAACAGAGAAGGCAAUUAGCAGAUUUAUUGAAGCUGGGAAAGGAAUCCAGUGCCACUAUUAGAGUAGAGAAUAUCAUCAGGGAUGAUAUAUAUGUAGAAUUAUUAGAGUACAUAGAGUUAUACUGCGAGCUACUCUUAGCUAGAAUCACACUCAUCAUGGACCAUGCGAGAACCACUUGCGAGCCAAGUUUAGUAGAGGCUGUACUGUCGUUGAUCUACGCAGCUCCUCACACUGAGUUAAAGGAGAUCACAGUGAUAAGAGAGAUAUUGAUCCACAAGUACGGUGUAGAGUUUGGCAAGGCUGCUGCAGACAACGAAUCCGGCUCGGUUCCCAGCAAGAUAGUCUCGAGGUGUCAAUUUGAGCCACCUUCAGAGACAUUGGUUAGGCUCUAUUUGUCUGAGAUUGCGAGAGCUUACAAGGCACCAUAUUCGCAUUUGGUAGAGGAAGAAGAAGCUGAGGAAAUAGAUGCCAAGCAAGAUCCGCCAGCGGGAAGUGAUGAAGACGACGACGAACCAAGUGGAGGUGUAGCAGAGAAGGUGUUGGAAGCACCGAUAGGCGCCGAGGAGCCUGUCAAGAGUGCACCUAAGAAGGCACAGGACGAAUUUGAUGCUCUCAAGGCAAGGUUUGCUGCCCUCAAGAAGUGA